GAAUCUUCACGAGCGCGUUCUGUUGGUCCUGUAGAGUUGCCUCAGCCUAUUCCAUUAUCCACGACUAAACGGGGCCAAUCUCCUGCCGCCAAUGGCAACAGCAAACCGCGGUUCAACGGAUUGGAGACAUUCCGUUCUCCUGCUUCUGAUCCUACUGAGGCCCGUAUUGCGUAUUAUGAUGAACGGAUUAGGGAAGUCAUCGCGGAGAGGGACAAGGUGCUGAAAUUUGCGAAGGAAGUAGAGCAGUCAAAGAUUAUUGCUCUGAAGGAGGUCAAAGAGGCGUUCGGCGUUGAGAAGAAACAAUGGAUGGAUAUAUGUGAUGCGCUUCAGACGGUGCAUAAUUUUGCGCAUGGUCGGGCCCAGCUUGAGCUUGACGAGGAGAGGCUGCGAUAUUACGAUGAGCAUGGGUCGUUCGUCCGUCAGUCUAAGAUUGAUAUUUUAAUGAGGGAUCAUAAAAUACAUCAGUUUCAAAGCGCGGAGUUUUGGCUACUGCAUGAUAAGCGAGAGUUGGAGGAGGAGUUGAAGGAGAGGGAGGAACGGAUCGUGGAGCUGGUGCAGGGGAUUGAGGAUGAACGAGAGGAAAACGCACUGGAGCGUGACGCCGAGGUUCAGCGGCUUGAACAGAAUCAUCAAGAACUGGACACUGCACACACUACUCUACGCCGACAGAAAGAAAAUCUCGAAGCCAAAUUGAAGCACGAAAGAGAAGCUCUCGAGGAUGUGAAGGCCAAAUUUGGUGAUUUGGAGGGGAGACUGGGACGCACGCAGUUACAGCUAACUUCGGCUCAGAACGAACUUUCAGCGAAGGACCGUGAAAUUCAGACCUGGCAUCGUAUGGAGAAGAAGGACGCCCGUGAAUUGGACGAAUUGCGGAGGGAGAGGGUCGAUGUGGGUCUCCGAUUACAGGAGAUGGAGGACAGUGUGAAGCAGGGCGAGCAAGAGGCGCGGGUUGAGCGAGAAAGGAUCGAGGCUAAGGUAAAGAAGGAGAAGAAGGCCCUCGAAAAGAGGAUCAGUCAACUCGAGGCUCAGCUGGAAGAAGCGAGGGAAACAAUACUUGCUACAGCAGCAUCACCAGAGCUAGGUGGAAAAGAACAAGAGCCCACUCCGACCCCACCUCCUCAGUCACAACCCAAAUCACGCCCGCGGCGGCCUGUCAGACGUAAAUCGCCGGAAGCUCAAGAUGUUGCAACAGAUGAUAGCGAACGGGAAGUUCAACAACCUGCGGCACCCAAGAAUGCGAAGAAACGCAAGGCAGAUCGAGCUGAGCCUGAGCUGAAAGCUCCGGUCAUUCCCAAGAAAAAACGAAAGUUGGGGGUGGACUUGGAAGCACGUUCAUGGCUCCGGCAUUCACUGAUGAUAAUGAGUUUGGUGCUCUUUCGCCUGCUGUGGCUCGUGUACCACCCCGAUCUAUUACUGGAAUUUCAAAGUAGCAUUCGCUGUGACCCGCACUUUACAACACCUCUUAUUCCGUUGGUACAAUUUUUUUGGCAUCUUGUUGAGUUAUGGACAUUGUUGUUGAACAAUCUAGUAUAAUCUCUCGACAUGUACAUGAAUGGGACUGCAGUGAACAUGAUAUUUUGUCAGUGAAGAAAC